UAUAUAUUUGACUGGGGUUUGACUGACGGGAGAUAAGGGGGCAGUAGUAGGCGAGAAAGACCUGCGUAUGAAUCGAAAUUGAAGUUACUUUUUGUAUGUCGGUCACAUUUUUUUUUGUGACUGGUGCCGCGAGUUGAAUCCUAUGUGAUGAUUAAUUCGGAAAGACACAGCAACAGGGCAUAGAACUACAGGAUGUCGCGGGCAAUUUCAGUUUUUUUGGAUGGGGAAGCACGACUAGAACAGUAAAACGCAACGCGGAAAAUAUUUAAAAGGGAGAAUGCGAAUGGUUAGAAGAGAUAGAAUUCAAACAAAAUGGAAACAAUGUAGCAUCGCUGCGGCAUUCCAUAUAGCUAUAAGCACCAUUAGAGUAGAAAAUAGAGAACUAGUUAACAAAUAUAAAUGUAACGUUACUUAUUAUUUAUCAGAAAAGCUCAAACAGAGUCUGCAGUAAACUGGUUGAAAUAAAAAUAGUUCGUUGGUGUCCCCAGCUACCAAAGAAGAAAACUCAAAUAUGCUACGGAGAAGACUGAACCGUUUGUUCGGUAGGGACGAGAGGAGGGUAGACAGCAGGACCAUCUACGUAGGCCACCGGCCUUGUCCCGCCACCGACGCUUUCAUCCCCCCCAAGUUCUGUGACAACAGGAUUGUCUCUUCCAAGUACACGGUGUGGAACUUCCUGCCAAAGAAUCUGUUUGAACAGUUCAGAAGAAUCGCCAACUUCUACUUCCUCAUCAUCUUCUUGGUGCAGGUCAUUGUAGACACCCCCACCAGCCCAGUCACUAGUGGCCUGCCAUUGUUCUUCGUCAUCACAGUAACAGCCAUUAAACAGGGCUAUGAGGACUGGCUGCGGCACAAGGCAGACAAUGAGGUGAAUAAGUACCUGGUGACGGUGCUGGAGGAUGGCCGGAGAGCACGCAAGGAGAGCGAGAAGAUCAAGGUCGGGGAUGUGGUGGAGGUGGUGGAGGAUGAGACCUUCCCCUGUGACCUCAUCCUGCUGCAGUCCAGCCGGGAGGACGAGACCUGCUUUGUCACCACGGCCAGUCUGGACGGGGAGUCCAACCAUAAGACACACUACACAGUGCCAGACACAGAGAAGGGCCUGGAGUCUCUCAGUGCCACCGUGGAGUGCGAGCAGCCGCAGCCUGACCUCUACAAGUUUGUGGGGCGUAUGCACAUCUACAAGAAUGACCAGGAGCCAGCUGUGAGGUCUUUGGGUCCAGAGAAUCUCCUCCUGAAAGGCGCUACCUUGAAGAAUACUCAGAAGAUUUAUGGAGUGGCAGUGUACUCUGGAAUGGAAACCAAAAUGGCUCUGAACUACCAGGGGAAGUCCCAGAAGCGAUCUGUGGUGGAGAAAUCUAUCAAUGCCUUCCUGCUGGUGUACCUGUGUAUCCUGGUGAGCAAGGCCCUGGUGUGCACCACGCUCAAGUACGUGUGGCAGAGCCAACCAGGCCAGGAAGAGCCCUGGUACAACCAGAAGACGCAGAAGGAGAAAGAUGCCAACCGGUACCUGAAUAUGUUUACUGACUUCCUGUCGUUCAUGGUGCUGUUCAACUUCAUCAUCCCCGUGUCCAUGUACGUGACGGUGGAGAUGCAGAAGUUUCUGGGCUCCUUCUUCAUCUCCUGGGACAAGGACUUCUUUGACCCCGAGAUCCAGGAAGGGGCUCUGGUCAACACCUCUGACCUCAACGAGGAGCUAGGACAGGUGGAGUAUGUGUUCACGGACAAGACGGGCACUCUGACCCAGAACAGCAUGGAGUUCAUCGAGUGCUGCAUCGACGGCUUCCAAUACAAGAACCGUGACUCGAGCACCGAGCUGGACGGCUUCUGUGUCACAGAUGGACCCGUGAGCAUGCUGCAGCAGAAGGCUGGCAGGGAGGAGGAGGAGCUGUUUCUGCGGGCUCUGUGUCUGUGCCACACGGUGCAGGUCAAGGAGUCUACGGGUCAGGAGGACGGGGUUGGGGACCAGGUGGACGGUGUCCUGGGGCUGGAUGGAGAGAUGGUCCACCCUGCAGAGCUCAGGGGCUUCAUCGCCUCCUCACCCGACGAGGUGGCACUGGUCAAGGGAGCCAUGAAGUAUGGUUUCACAUUCCUAGGUAUGGAGAGCAAGAACAUGAGAGUGAUGAACAGAGACAAAGAUGUUGAAACGUACGAGCUGCUUCAUGUGUUGAACUUUGACCCUGUGAGAAGGCGUAUGAGCGUCAUAGUCCGAUCCAAAUGCGGGGACAUCAUGCUGUUCUGUAAGGGGGCCGACUCCUCCAUCUUCCCCCGUGUCAGGCAGGAGGAGGUGGACAGGAUACGCAUGCACGUGGAGCGCAACGCUACGGAAGGCUACCGGACGCUGUGUGUGGCCUACAAGCUGCUGAGUUCUGAAGAGUACGCCCAGGCAGACGCAGGGCUGAGGGAAGCCAGGCUGGCCCUGGAUGACCGAGAGGAGAAACUCAUGGCUGUCUACAACCAGGUGGAGACUGGGAUGAGCCUGAUCGGCGCUACCGCCGUGGAGGACAGGUUGCAGGAGGAGGCAGCGGAGACCAUGGAGGCCCUGCAGCGGGCUGGCAUGAAGGUGUGGGUUCUUACGGGGGACAAGAUGGAGACGGCCAAGUCCACGUGCUACGCCUGUCGGCUAUUCCAGAGGGGCACAGAGCUGCUGGAACUGACUGUGAGAACCCUGGAGGACGGCGGGAGGAGGAGAGAAGAGCGCCUGCAUGAGGUGCUGUUAGACUACCACAAGAGGGCAGUGCAGGACCUUCUACCGGUUAAGACUCGGGUCACCAGGAGCUGGACUUCAGCUAAGCAGGACUACGGCUUCAUCAUAGACGGAGCCACUCUAUCCUUAGUGUUCAACUCCUCUCCUGACUCCAGCCACUACAAGAGUCUCUUCCUCCAGAUCUGUCAGAACUGCACCACUGUUCUGUGCUGCCGUAUGGCUCCCCUACAGAAGGCCCAGAUUGUGAACAUGGUGAAGAACUCCAAAGGCAGCCCCAUCACCCUCUCCAUCGGAGAUGGCGCCAACGAUGUCAGUAUGAUUCUGGAGGCACACAUUGGCAUCGGUAUAAAAGGUAAAGAGGGUCGCCAGGCAGUGAGGAACAGUGACUAUGCCAUCCCUAAACUCAAACACCUGAAGAAACUGUUACUGGGACACGGGCACCUCUACUACGUUCGGAUCGCCCACCUGGUGCAAUACUUCUUCUACAAGAACCUCUGCUUCAUCUUACCUCAGUUCUUGUACCAGUUUUUCUGUGGAUCUUCCCAGCAACCCCUCUACGACGCAGCCUAUCUGACGAUGUACAACAUCUGUUUCACCUCCAUGCCUAUCCUGGCCUACAGCCUCUUGGAGCAGCACAUCUGUAUGGAGGUCUUGAUGAGCAACGCUACCCUCUACAGGGAUGUAGCAAAGAACGCCAUGUUGCGUUGGAGCCCCUUCCUGUACUGGACCCUACUUGGGGUCUACCAGGGCCUCCUGUUCUUCUUUGGGGUCCGCUUUCUCUUUAGUAACCCCGCCCUGCAGGACAAUGGCCAGGUGUUUGGGAAUUGGUCGUACGGAACAAUUGUUUUUACUGUCCUCGUCUUCACCGUCACGCUAAAGCUGGCUAUGGACACGCGCCAUUGGACGUGGAUCAAUCACUUUGUCAUCUGGGGCUCGCUGGCCUUCUACAUAAUCUUCAGCUUCUUCUGGGGUGGGAUCAUAUGGCCCUUCCUUCGGCAGCAGCGUCUCUACUUUGUGUUUGCUAACAUGCUGCGCUCUGUGUCGGCCUGGCUGGUCAUCAUCAUCCUCAUCCUGCUCAGCCUGCUGCCUGAGAUCCUGCUGUUGGUCCUCCGCAAACCGCGCUGGCCCCACUCUCGACAGAAGAAGCCGUUGGUUCAGUCGGGCGAGGGGGAAACCCAGUCUUCAGCCAGGCCCCUGCUAAUGCGAACCUUUUCAGAUGAGUCCAAUACUAUCCUAUGAACAGGUACCAGCCCCAACUCUGCGGCCUAGGUAAACCAAUCAGAUAACCCCCAAAACAAACCCUUUAGCAGCCUAUAUCUGCCGGGGCCCAUUACCCCUUAACAGUAACCAGAAUCCAGUAUUCUACUCCAAAUCCUGCUUUCUGUGCCUUCAAGGAGGAUGAUCCUUUUUUUAAGAACUCGGUUCAGCCCUCUAUCACUUACAAUAACCCAUACUUCCUGUGUGGUGAACUCUUAUUGGUUGGCUGAAAAGUGUGUUCGUCAUAAUGUCUGCUUCAUAUUUUGCUUGUGAUAUGUGUACAUACAGGUAACUGCCAAAAUAAAGUAAACGAGGGAUACAAAGUAUAAUGAAAGCAGGCACUUCCGCACAGGUGUGGUUCCUGAGUUAAUUAAGCAAUUAACAUCCCAUCAUGCUUAGGGUCAUGUAUAAAAAUUCGGUUAUCCAUUAUUUUUGCUACCAUGGCCAGAAAAGAUCUCUGUGACUUGUAAAGAUGGGUCUCAAAGGAGCGUAGGGGGUUUACACACACUGUGUGUGUGAGCGAUUACCUUUUUUUUUUAAAAGGUUUUGUUAGAUUUAAAUAAACCGGUUUUCGGUUUCCACCAUUUUAUUUUUACAUGAAAUGCACUGUGGGCUGAAUGUUUUAACAACACCGAAGAAAACAAUUAAUUAAUGUCCCAUGAUGGUAGUGACUGCCAUUUACAGUUUCAACCAUUUAUUCACAUGACUUUAAUAUAUACAACAAAUAUUUUAUUUGACUUUAUUUCAUUCCAAGUCAUCUCAUCUCUGAAGAGCUACUGCCUAUGCUGUCUGACAAAAUCACUGUUUUAGUAGGUCUUCAAAAGUAAAUAAGGCAAACUUUUUUUAUGACUACUGAGUACCAACUAUCACACUUGGAUCCUAUAUUUUCAGGUAGAGAUGCCUCGCAAAGCAACUGCUUUCUGUCCCCCUCAAUCAAGCAUUCUUCGUUCUCUCCUCUCCAUGUCUGCCCCUCACUAUUUUAUUUUUUAUUUUACCUUCAUUUAACUAGGCAAGUCGGUUAAGAACAAAUUGUUAUUUUCAAUGACGGCCUAGGAACAGAAGGUUAACUGCCUUAUUCAGGGGCAGAACAACAUUUUUACCUUGUCAGCUCGUGGAUUUGAUCUAGCAACCUUUUGGUUACUAGUCCAACGCUCUAACCACUAGGCUACCUGCCGCCCCUAACCUGAUGUAGCAGGCGUAAAAUAAACACAAACCGGACACGAAGGCACAGUGGAUUGUGGUCAUUGUAGUUAAUUAUCAAGUUUUCUGCUCUAAACUAUUUAGAAUAUUCGCUUGUUGGAAACUACAACUCCCUACUACGUCGCACAGUUUGGGCGUGAUCUGAUUAUUCUCUAGAUAAACUGCAAAAUCUUGACAUUGAGCUCACAGGAAAAAACAUAUUGAACUGACAUUAGUCAAUUAGUUUGAAAACCAAAAAAAGAACCAACAUUUCAGAUAAUCGCUCAGCGUGUCUGUCACCAUAUCUCUACCCAAUUGAACACUUAUGGAAGAUUCAGGAGCGGUGUCUGAGACCAGUGUUUUCCAACAUCAACAGAACCUCAAAUGAUGGAACUUCUCAUGGAAGAAUGGUGUCCCAUCCCUCCAAUAGAUUUUAAAGUGUCUGGAACUCUAUGCCAGGGAUGGAACGGUGUCAGGGUCUCAACGAGUUAGAAUACACAAGGUGCCAUUUCAAAAUUGGGUGUACAUCAGCAGUAAGUCCCUGAUUAGUCAGUCAGUUAGCCCAUGUCAGCAAUUUUUUUGGGGGGAUUGUUAAAUUGGUUUUGUGGCCAGCUACCUAAACUUGUUAUCAUGGUCGAAUUACCUGCUGUGGGGGGACCCCAUUGAUUUUGUUUGUCAGUCUCACUAUGAAAUAAGAUUUUAAAAACUGCUAACAUUUCUCACUAAAAUGUGUUGCUCACAGUGGGGGUGUAUGGAUUUGGAGUCACAGACUCAAGAGCAACCGCGACCCCUCAUGAUGAGUUGAUAAGUUUUUGUGUCCCCCGCCCCACGAAAGCUGCCCAUCCCUGAUCUGUAUCGAGGCACAUUGAAGCUGUUCUGAUGGCUCGUAGUGGCCCAAUGCCCUAUGAAGACACUAUGGUGUGUCCUUUUAAUUAUUGCAGUUACCUGUACAUGCUGUACGUCCUGAUGGACAAAGUUAACUCAAAAGAUUCAGAUUAACAUUCAACUGACUGAAUGUUAAAGGCGUCGCCAGGACAAUGAUGAAUGCUCCUUUCAGCCUCCAAGUAGACUAACUGCUCAUUGUGUCCUUGCAUGUGCUCUUUUUAACGAUUUCAUGUUACCUUUUUGAAAUAAAGUAUCAAGUCUCCCGUGGAUGGGGAUUCGUCUGUCAUCAGUUUGUGUGCAUGUUAAAAGGGUGAAUGUGAGUAAGUCUGAUUUUGUUUUUUCUUUCGGCUCCAUACAUGUAAUUAAACAUUGCAGACCUCGUCAUCUGCCAUUUUUAUUUCUCCCCUCAUGGCGUUGUCAUUUAUGUGGUGGUUGUAAUUUUUAUUUGUUUUUUACAUGCAAUAACAUGCUUGUGUGUCGCUGGCGCCUCGUGUUUUUUACCUGCAAUAACAUGCUUGUGUCGCUGGCGCCUCGUGUUUUUUCAUUUGCAAGUACUUCAUUGUAAGUGGCGACUAUCGAGCUUCGCUGACUGCAUGUGUUAUGCCAUUGCUUUGCCAGGUAUAUUAAAUGUUGAGCUUACUACCUCAACGAACUGGCCGUCAUCUGAGGGGUUGGGUUCCAUUUAUUGGAAUGUCAGUGAAGUGUUAACACCAGGCUUUACGCUCCCAUCUUCAUUUAACCUGUUUAUCUGUUCUUCCCAGCCUUCAGAGGACGGACUCCUACAGACAUCCAGGUAAAACAAGGGGCUAAUCUCGCAUGUCUAACCCCUCGGUUAUUGCUCGUGGUCAUGGGUGUCUUGGGUUCCCCUCACUUCACUAGAAUCCUGGUUGAUGAUCAUGUUCAAUCGGAGCAAACAACAUUUAAUGACAGAUUCCAGUUGAUCUCUGUUUUCAGGGGAGGUGUGUCCAAUCAAUGUUGUCUGGGGGUAUUGUUGUCAACGAUUCUACCCGGGGGGGCAUCCUAUCCUUUUCUUCUAUUGCUGUCGGUGUCACGGUGUGGCUGGGUCUUGCCACCAUCCAGUGGUUGGCAAUUGGCAGGAGCAGGUUUCUGUUUAUAGAGGUGGACUGACUUCUGUGUGUGUUUUGUAUGUCCUCUCCAGAUCGCUGCCGUCACGCCCUUGUCCUACAAGCACCUGAAGGAGCGGGAGUAAAGGGCACAAAGGAGGAUCAACUACCCUGCGGCCAGCGUCUUUCAGGAGACCAUGGCACUCUGGCUGCCUGAUCUAAAAAGAAAAUGGGGAAAACGACUCAAAGAAAACAACGUAAUAGAAAUUAUAAAAGACCCAGGGAUGACUCCAGCAGUGUUUUGAGUACCUCUGUUCCCCUGCUCCCUCCGUCCUUCCACUUCCUGUUCCCCUCUGCAUGUCUGCAGUGCAGAUUGCUGCACCACUGGCCCAUGCAGCACAGGCCAUUUUUACCACGUUUUAACUGGACUAUGAGUUUCCGGAGUUUAUUUUUCUUUCCUAUGAAUACUACGAUUGCGCGGGGGGGAUGCAGAUGCAUACAUGGCUGCCCUGUCAGAAGUACAUCUACGGUCGGCUGUGCUCUAACAUGCAGCCAUACCACUGUCCCAGAAUGAUUCAUCUGCAUGAAACUAAGUAGGCCUGAUGAAUGCCACAUUCCACUUGUUAUUUAUAUUUUUCUGCAAGGUUUGUAUUUUAUUUUUAAGCAAAUCUCACUCACUUUCUGAAACAAAAAUUCCACUGCGCCAGAUCCAAAUCAUAGUUUAUAAGUUGCAUGAUUCCAAUCCAGUCAAGUCCAACGCAAAGAGAGCAUAUUCACUCAGUGCAGACUGCACUGAACACAGGUUACUGGAGAUCUUCAAAAUGUCCUUAAAUACUGUGUUUAGAGCACAACCCCCUGCUGGGUUAAGUCUCUAUUUUCCCAUCUCCCCAAAGAGUGUGGUGAAUCGAAAUGACUGGUGUUGAGUUGUGCUUGCCAACAUUUCUACCUGGUUCGGUGUUUGUAGCAUGACUUGAAUCUUCCCACCUUAAGGCCGGUGAUCUUUUAAGAAAAUCCCAAAUGUAUUGAAAAUUAAUAUAUAUGCUGUUUAUCGCUUAACCUGUUUGAAUAUCGAAAGCUUGAUGCCAAAAAUGUGUCUGAGCUGGGGAGAUGCAAGUGUCAUGCCCAGCGCCAUCCAACAGAUUGCAAACUAUGUUGCUGAGAGUGUCUGUGUGUGUGUGUGUGUGUGUGUGCGCCCAGCAGCACAAUUGUACUGGAUGGGAAUCAUGGCCUCAAACCAACCUGUGUGUGUUACAUUGAGACACGUUUAACCAGAAUACCUGGAUCUACCUUGUACAUUUAGCAUGUGGUUGUCAUGACCUGUCCUCUAAAGGACUUCAGGAGUUCUGUGGAGCGCACACACACACACACACACACAUGCACUAAAAGCCUAAAAUUAGUGAUACAUGUCCCAUUACCUGUUAGUGUUGUUUGUCAAAGGUGGGCUGAUGUUGGUGGGUAAAGAUCCCAACUUCAGACUUCCUCUUUCUUGUCACCAUAGGUAAUGCCACUGUGAGGCUUUCUACCCACCUGCUACAAUAGAUGUUCAUGGAUCUCCAUUUAUGAUGUCUGAGAUGGGUUUCUUACAGAAAGAUGGUUCUGACUUCUAGCGUUAGUGCUUCAGACAUUCCAUUUCUACAUGCCAUGAUUUUAAUCACUUUUAGACACUAUAUGGGAAUAUGUUUUGGAACAUGUGAAAUAUUUAUUGUUCCGUGCAAUUUUUACUCACAAAUUGUAUAUUUUUAUUACGUGAAUCUUUUUGUUGUUGUAGCGAAUGAUCAGCUUCGUGCUUCUUCAGUAUGCCUGUGUUACUUCAGACCAGAUGUGUGCCCAGUGCUAACCCAUAUCAUCUCUCUCUCUCUCUCUCUCUCUCUCACACACACACACACCCUGCAGGUAUAUCCUACCUUACACCUCUACCAUAUCCUCUCCCUCCACCGGUCUGGUCGCAGGUCAGAUCACAGAGCACCGGUUAGAUCAGUUCAGUCAUAUCCAGGCUAGGAAUGGAGCUUCUUCUAUGUCUGCCACAGAGGGAUAUGCCUGGGAGUAGGUGCCCUGUUGGCACCUCUUUUUAGUCUCUUACAAAAUGCCAUAAUAGGUCAUGUACAGCCCUCAUGUAGCUAUUGCAGUAUCUCCUCAUAUGAUGAUUAGCAUCACUGAUGGUUGUAGUUCCUUAGCUGAGUAUCCUUAGACCAGAUGGGCUCCAUUCCAGCUCCUUAGUGGUUGGAGAUACUGUAAUAGCUACAUGAGGGCUGUACAUGACCUGUGGCAUACUGAGCAUGUGGCAGUAUUCAAGACAUGGCUCCCAUUCCAAAUGUGAUUUACCGUACUUCCAUCAACCUCGUCUUUUUUUUAUUUUGACCUUUAUUUAACUAGGCAAGUCGGUUAAGAACAAAUUCUUAUUUUCAAUGACAGCUUAGGAACAGUGGGUUACCUGCCUGUAUCACAUACUGUACCAUCUUGUGGAGUAGAACGUGAUAUAUUUACCUUGACUUCAAGGGUCUAGAGUUUCCAGAGGGUUGUAAUAUGGGGAACUCUUCGUAAUGUUUCCUUUUGAAACACUAAAGCUAUGAGGAGUAUGGACUGUGCUCAGACUAACGUGAAGAUGUCGUUGAACUUUCACCUACCUGGGCUCUGUGUCCUAGGUCAACUGGUAGGUGGAGGACUUUCUGUAUGUUUUAAAAAACAAAAACAAACCUUUAACAUUACAUCAGAGAUGCUAUUUUAAAAUGCUUUUUAAAAAGUAUUGGAUACUCCAUGUUUUGCCUGACAAAAUACGUAAAAAAAAUUGAUUGUAUUUUAAAUGCCACUUUUUUUGUAAGAAUAAUCAAAACGUCCAAAAAAAAAAAAAAAAGCACGAGAGGCUGGAUGAAUGUGGAGAAUGACCCUGUCCGCAGGUGACUGCUGUGGUGGGGUGCCUUAGGUUCAGAUGGGCACUUCACAUCUGGCCCCUUAGUCUCCAGCCUCGGCACUCUGAACCUCCGAUCUGAAUGUACCACUUUAAGACCAGUAUGUUCAACAGUUUUUCUGCAAUAAAACACUGUUUUGAAAA